CAUCGCGGCCAGUGUGUUAAGCCUUAGUAAACGUUUUGAAAUACAUUUGAACUGAACCAACGCACAUGCCAAGUUCUUUGCAUGUGUGCGGAUACGCCUGGACAGUGCUGUAUGUAUGACACGAUGAGCGAAACAGCUACUUGCUUUGUAACCUAUACAACUUCAACUAAGAAGAUCAUAGUAGAAGAUAUGCGCAAGGAGAGCGAUGUUCACCACGCGCUUCUAGCGUCACCGUUCAAGGACCUCGUGAACGAGGGGCUGCUCAUUCAGGUCAAAGAUAAGGAUCUAGGUUUGUUCGUCGACGCGGAGGGAAGUGUCGAGCCAAACGACAUUUGGAACCUGGCUUUGAACCCACUUGUCGGUGAAGGCCAGAGGAGCCAACACAAAUCAACUGUUGAAAAUGACCUCCUACAACCUCAAAUAAACGCUUUUGUAAUUUUUUAUAUAUGUUCUCAUAAUAAAGAUUUCAACCAUAAUUACCUAUUUUGUGCAUCUUCCUUUCAGCGAUGCAAAUACCGAGAGCAUUAA